AUGUCAACCCUAGACUUCGUUUCCAAAGCCACGUCAGCCUUUCAAGUAGCAACUACCAAGGCCAAGCGCGCCUUCACGGAUUUAAGACGCGACGCACCUCCGUCUGAAGCUCCCGUUCCGUCUAGCCUUCCGACAUCCCCACCAACACCCCCGCAGCCUUCUCAUGGGUGGGGUUAUCCGUGGUUGCUCAAGGCAAGCCCCAAGACCAGCCACUCGGAAGAACUCAGCAGAAGAGUCGCUGAGCUGUCAAAGGAACCGCAAAAGUUUCUCAUGGUGGGGGUUUCAGACGACCGCGCCGAGCACUACGUGAAUCUUGAGAGCGCGCUGCUUUCUGCUCCAGCUAUUCUCGAGGCGGACGAUCACCUGAGCAGAAUCUUUUCGGAAUUCGUGCCUCGGCUGGUCUCGGAGCGGGAGUUUUGGAAGCGGUAUUUCUACGUGGUGGCGAAGGUGGAGCUCGAAUUAGAGCACGAGGAGGACUGGGGUGCUGCGGACCCUUCUCCCCUCGGCUCCCCUGCCAGUGUGGGAUCGCACGGACGGCUUUUCUCGCUUCCCAUGUGGCAUCCUAAGGAACGGGACCUGAAUGGCAGCACCUGCAGCACAACGACGAGCGUGUGCAGCUUUGGAAACGUUGACCCGCCGAAUAUUCCAUCCUCUGUGCUCCUGCGCAAUCUCGCCCAGGCUGUCAGCUACUCUGCUCCGUUUGCGACGCUCAAGGACCUGGUGGCCCACAACGGCAAGUGGCCGGGGACCGCACUCGCACAGGCUGUGGGAGCUGGCAUUGGUCGAGCCUUCUCCCUCUCCUCUAUAUCGAAUGUGAACGAUGUUGACAGCACAGAUGACAUGAUUCAAAGACUCCUAAGCUCAGGAGAAGAGGCCGCCUUUGAUUGCAGCUGCGACACCUUCAGCAGCGGUAGCAGCAGCAGUGGCGGCGCGAGCAACAGCAAGCCCUUGCAGGAAAAGCCGAGCGACGCCGCCCCGUCAGCAGCGACCGCCCUGGUGCACUCAGUGCACGGGGCAUACCCGGACAGCUUCGUGGCGCAGGUGGCGGCGCUCAUGGCUGAACUACCCUCGGAAAAAGACAUGGCGCAGCUGUGGCUGGCGCUCGUAGAACAGCUGCGGGUGCGGUGGAAGCAGGGGGUGCCGGUGCCGCACGUGGGGGCGGGCAGGGGCGGGCCGGACCUGCGGCUGUGCGAGGUGAUGCAGCACCUGCAGCUGCUCAAUUGCUGCAUCGCCCGCCAACGCAGACGCAAAGCCAUUGGGUUUGCAUGCAAACUCCCAGGCUCAGCAGCAGCAGGAUCAGGUGCUGGUGGUGGUGGUGGUGGUGGUGGUGGUGUGGUUAGGGGUAGCAACAGGAAGAUCAGGGAAACGCUGUCAGAAGGUGUUGCUGGUGCUUCCAAUCGUUGUAAUGCUUCAGGGGACGCUGUUGCUGCAGUGAGAAGCACGAGUUUUGGUGUCGACGUGUGCGUAGGAGGAGCAGAGGAGCAGAGCAGAGGAGAGGAGACACUGGAAGCACUUGGAGCAAGAGAUGCAGAUACCGAAAUUGCAAAUUGCAGCAGUGAAGGCACAUGCGACGUGCCUGAAGCCGGGGGCAUGGAACCCUGUGAUUGUGUCACAAAACCACCGGAGGAGGUUCACACAGUAGCAGCAGCAGCAGCAGCAGCAGCAGGAGCAGCUGGUGACGACGUGGCAUCUGGGGCGGUCAGAAGUGCGAGUGUGCGUGCAGGGGAUGAUGAGCUGGCAGUGGGGCCAUGCUGGAAUCGAGACUGUCCAGGUCAGCACCUGUUCCUGUGUGACACGUGCUCUCUGCCUUGUGUGAAUCACCCGCCAGGGGAGCAUGCUGGGCAGGAAGGCAGCAGAGCAGAAGCAGAAGCUGCGCCAGGCGCAGCGGCAGGGGCAGCGGCAGGGGCAGCAGCAGCAGCAGAGUAUCACCUAGAUGCAUGCUAUGCGCGGGUGCAAUCAGGGAGGCGUGUGCUACGGAGAGGCGUGAAGGAGCAGUCGAAGAGCCUGCAGUUGCUGGAGACAGGCGAGCCGCUGUGCAUCCCUGUGACUCAGGACGGGCCGCUGAUGACCGAGUCGAGUGUGCGGGAGAGCGAGGAGCUUAUAAUGCGUACGAAGAGCUUUGGGACUGGUCACAAGCAGCUCUUCUCAGACAUGCAAUCCUUCAAGGCGGCCAACCCUGGAUGUGUCUUGGAGGACUUUGUUCGCUGGUACUCGCCCCCUGACUGGUCGCCACUCCCCCAGUCGCCCUCCCUCCACUCGCCCUCCGUUCACUCGCCCUCUCCCCAUACACCGUCCACGAAACCUCCCACUGUACAAACGCCCACUCUCAACUCACCCUCCUCCUCCUACACUGGUGAACUCGCUCCAGAAGCAAAGACUCCCUGUGCUGCUAAUUGUGCCUCAUCCUCUGCCGCUCCCUGUGCCGCGACUCACGGCCGAGAGAGGGUGGGCCAGGCAGGGUGUGCUACAGGAGGGAGAAUCGAUUGUACACCCAAAAAGACGGGGUACCUCAGCGUGCGGAUGAAAGCUUCUGAUAACCUGUGGCAGCAGCUGUGGAACCGCGCUCGACCGCUGCCCAUUGCUCUCCAACCCCCCUUGGUGGACUAUGACUAUGCUGCGGAUAAGAGCCUUACCUGGCUGGAGAGCAUCCCCCCAUCGCACCUGUUUACAGAGCUCUUCACCGUGCUCAUUGCCGUUGGCUUCUCUGCUGCUGCCUCAGCAUACCACACUCCCCCCACCUCCUCCUCCUCUUCUCUCCCUGCAAAGCGGGAUGGCUGGGUGCGUGUCAACGGUGUUGACAGUGCAGCAGCAGCAGGGCAGGGGGAGGAGGAGGAAUGGGAGGAAGGGGGGGAGGAUGGGGAAGAGGAGGCGUGUGCACAGGCAGCAGCGGACGGGCACAUCAGAGCCCGCGUGGCGGAGUGCUGCCGCUACGUGGCUGGCGCGUGCACAAGGGGAAUGAGCGAGGACAAGAUGACCAACGUGUGCCUUGUAUACGAGAUGAUGGAGGAUAUAGUGGUGGGGCCACAAGCCAAGGCGCAGCUUCCCAGGGCCAACACGUCAGCCUCUCAAGACGGCCAACCCGUGUCCACUCUCAAGCCAUCGCUCCUGCAGCAGUGGCAGCAGUGGCACUCCAAACCCUCCACCAAACCCCACGACAACCACAACCACCACCACCCGUCCAACGACGCUCACACGAUCGACCCUCUCCCAGAAAACGCCCUUCUGAGCAACCCUCAACCAAACGACCCUCAUCAUAUCGACACUCACCAAAACGACGAGGAUGACAAUCACGCGUGCUCCGACUCAGAGCCAUACGACACACGAAGCCUCUCCGAUGCUUCGUGCGCCACAGGCGGAUUUUCUCCUGAGCCCAGCACGUCUCCUCGCAUCCACCCCCCCGCCAACACGCCUGCUCGUAGGUUCUCCCUCCUGGGAGCUGGAUCAAGCUUCCCUUCGUUUCCCACGGCGAGUUUCCCCACAAGCCCUAUGUUUGGAUCUAUUGACCUAUCUUCCCUCCAUCAGCACCAGCAACAGCCACCCCAGCAGCAGCAGCAGCAGCAGCAGCAGCAGGUGCUAGAAGAGGGUUUGGCGGUUCAAAAGGGUGCCGUAGAGCCUCGGCUUUGA